AUGCCGGGAACAGUUGCUGAUGGGCCAACAGUUGCCCUAUCUUUUGCCAAUAACUUCUGGGGAAAAGACGAUGCCGGUGUUCAGCCUAUGCUGGAGCGCAUGCAGGCCGCUAAAGUCUCGUGCGAUGAACUGAAGACAUGGUAUAAUAUCCGCGCCGCCAUCGAGGAUGAAUACGCACGGAAACUCCUUACACUCUGCCGCAAGCCUCUCGGGACGCAUGAAAUGGGCUCACUCCGAGAGUCUUUCGAUACAGUGAGAGGAGAGACAGAGGCAAUUGCAAAAGCGCACGCCGCUAUCGCGGGGCAAAUGAAAAGGGAAAUAGAGGAACCGCUCAUUGCAUUCGCAGGUGGAAACAAAGAACGACGAAAGAUCAUUCAAAAUGGGAUCGAGCGUAUACACAAGACCAAGAUGCAGCAGACACACACUGUAAACAAGACUCGAGACAGGUACGAGCAGGACUGCUUGAGGAUAAAAGGUUACCUGGCACAAGGUCACAUGGUGAUGGGACAGGAGGAGCGAAAGAACAAGGCGAAGCUCGAGAAGACUCAGAUCCAGCUAGCGUCUAGCAGUGCUGAGUACGAUGCCGCGGUCAAAGUUCUCGCAGAUACCACCGAACGGUGGAACAAGGAAUGGAAAUCUGCAUGUGACAAAUUUCAAGAUCUCGAGGAAGAGCGCAUCGACUUUACCAAGAGCAGUCUCUGGACAUACGCCAAUAUCGCAUCAACAGUGUGUGUAAGCGAUGAUGCUUCUUGCGAAAAAAUCCGUCUCUCACUUGAGAGUUGCGAGGUUGAGAAAGAUAUCGUCUACUUUAUCAAGGAAAGGGGUACUGGUCAGGAGAUUCCUGAUGCCCCGAGGUUCAUCAACUUCUCUCGAGGCGACGUGAACGAUGCCAGUUCUGAUGUGUCUGAGGAAGACGGGUACUCUGUAGCUCAAUUCCAGCGCACUAUCAACCCUGCUUUCCGCAGCUCUUCCCCGCAGCCAUCGACCUACGAGUCCCACCAUGACAUGCCGCCGCCUGCGCCGAUGGAGCCGGCUCAGACCGGUCAUGCAAUACCGUCAAGCAGGGAAGCCACGGUCACUCCUCAGAAACCAAUACAACCACCGAUGCAACAGCCUAUGCAGUCACCGAUGCAGUCGCCUAUAGAGCAGCAGCCCCCUCCCUUAGAAUUCCGCCGGGGAGGUCAUCUUCCGCCAAACUACGAUCCCAGCCAACACGGGGAAAUCUCAGCUGUGCCACACAAUGCGUAUCCGACAGAUGGUAUGACAAUGUUUUGCCGAACCGGCCCUCCCUCCGAGCGCAGUUCAGGAACAGCUAGCGGCUAUCGUCCAUCCAGUCAAGGCUCCCACAGUGAGGUCUCGAACGCGACUUCGAUAUCUAGCCAAGAGCCUCCUAGCACCAGACAGUCCCCGACCAAGCCAACAAAUGGCGUGGCGUUACCCGGACUAGGCAACGGCGAGGCACAACCGGUGCAGAAGAAGAAAUUUUUCAGCAACAGUCCGUUCCGGCGCAAGAGCCGCCACGACAAAGACCGCAACUCGGGUCCCUCUCAGCUCCCCACUCGUAGGACCUGGGAUUCUCCUUCUAAGCCAAGCAGUCCUAUCAAAGCCCCAACUCCUCAGAAGCCCCAACAGCCUCAACCGAUAGCCAAGGUGGCAGAUGAUAUUGCGAGAUCCGCAAGCCCUGAACCUGUUGACCCAAGGGCCAACUUCCAACUGAACGUCGGAAAUAACGUGUUUGACGUUGCCUCUCCUGAUAAGACUAAGCUCACGAACGCAGCGGACCCAGCGAAAAACGGCGAGGACCUCGACCCUAUUGCGCGCGCUUUGGCGGACCUGAAAGGCGCUGGGAAGCAGUCGGCAACCCGAGUCUCUGCCGACAGGUAUCAUGGCAUUGCUACGCCAGUUCCUUCUGCACCUGCGGCAAAUUUCACCGCAGCAUCGGUGGCCACACCACCCCCGGCAUAUAACGAUGCGCCAGUGAAGCGUCUAGAUGCCCCUCAACCGGCCUUCACCUCUAAACAAAUGCAAAAGACCACCCAGCAGUACACAGGCAAGACCCAGAGUAUGCUUCGGGGCAAGGCCAAUCCAAUCUCGGUCUCAACCCGCAGCCCCAGGCAGUCACAAGAAGCCCCUCGCGCUCCAUCGCCUGCCGCUCCUAGGCGAAGUAUAAGCCCUCAACCUCAACCCCAAGCGACCCCGCGAGGCGAGUCGCGCAUGAGUCAAUACAGCCGAGCUGCAAGCCCGAACCCAAGUCAGCAUCAAUCAAGCAGCGUGAAGAGCCGCUACAGCCACUCCCCAAGUGUCUCUACUCCGCCACAACGCCCAAGCGACCCGUACUCGCCGCACGACUUUGCAAAGCGAAGCUCUACAAGUGCUGCUCCAUCCCCAACCACCACCACGGCUCCUAGGGCUUCUUCUAGGGCUCCCUCUAGGGCUCCCUCUAGCGCCCCUUCCCCUAACGAAUUUGCCAAGCGGUCUUCGCAAAACUCAGUUCCUCGAGCUGUGUCCCCUCAGCCACAAUGCAUGCAGCAAACCUCCGUCCCCCGAGCUUUCCGGCAACAAGCUUCCGUUCCUCGAGCAGUAUCUCCACAGCCACAGUUCCGGCAACAAGCUUCCGUUCCUCGAGCAGUAUCUCCACAGCCACAGUUCCGGCAGCAAACAUCCGUUCCACGCGCGGUCUCACCUAAUGACUUCGCCAAGCGAUCCUCUCAGAACUCUGUGCCAAGGGCCGUGUCGCCGCAGCCUCAAUUCCGACAGCAGGCUCGACCCUCGAGCGCUGGAGGGAUGGAGCUGCAGCUUUCUCAACCCGAUACGUACGGUGGCAGGGGCGAUGGUUACGCGUCCCCGCAGAGAGAACCCAGAAGGCCAAUGUCCUAUUACGACGGUGGUAGCCAACGCAGUCGAUCCCGGAGUCGAUCCAUGGCUGUUGCCGAUCCUGGACAACAGUUCAGCCGUGACGGCCGUCCAAUUUUACACUUUGCGCGCGCUUUGUACAGCUACACAGCCGCCAUUCCUGAAGAGCUCGGCUUCACGAAGGGUGACGUCCUAUCUGUUAUCCGUCUACAGGAUGAUGGUUGGUGGGAAGCCGAAGUCACCACUACCCGACUGAGGACGGGGUUGGUGCCAAGUAACUAUCUCCAGAUCAUCUAG